AUGUCGGCCGCUGGGAACAAUAUGUUAUCAGAAGACGGUACUUCGAACAAAGAAGUAUCGCCCUCCAGGAGCCCCGGCUCGAGGCAUGAUGGAGAUACUGCCCAACGUAUCGAUAAAUCGGUGGAAAACAUGGACGAUUAUGGGGAGUCGACAGGAUUGCUGGAACAACCGGUGGCUUCGGUGCGAUUACCCAUCAUCGGAAUGACCUGCCAAUCGUGUGUCCGUAACAUCGAAGGCACCAUCGGAAACAAGCUGGGUGUGGUGAAGAUCAGUGUGGUAUUGGCAGAAAAUGCGGGCUACAUUGACUACGACCCGGCACUCACAGACCCGUCACAGAUAGCGGCCGAUAUUGACGACAUGGGGUUCGAGUGUCCUUACACGGAUGCCACGGUUUCACCGACGCUUUCCAACCCAAAACGGUCCAUUCUCGUCGAAGGUGUCGAAAGUGACAGUGACUCGGGCAGUAAAGUAGGAACCGGUGUCUCCAACACACGCUCCGCACGCAUCAGCAUCGAGGGAAUGACUUGCCAGUCAUGCGUGCGAAAUAUCGAAGGCACGAUAAAGGACCGUCCUGGUGUCCUGUCGAUCCGUGUGCUCUUAGACGAGCGCGUUGGGCUGGUAGAGUUUGAUCCACGAACGACGACAGCGGAAAGGAUUGCGGAACAGAUCGAUGAUAUGGGGUUUGAGGCGCGGGCGAUUUCGGACAAGCAACCCGCGUUAACCGAGCGACGAACCUCCCCAAUGACAAACGGAGGGAAGAAAGUAACAACGCCAGUAAAUGGCAGCUUAACGGGGAAGCAAAAGGAAGCGGAAGGAGCUCCAACGUUACGGCGUUGCUUUUUGCACGUGCAAGGAAUGACCUGUGCAAGCUGCGUAUCAGCCAUCGAGAAGCACUGCCGGAAGAUCUACGGUGUGGAGUCGAUUCUAAUCGCGCUGCUGGCGGCCAAGGCGGAAGUAAAGUACGACGAACGAUUGACGACACCGGCCGACAUAGCGAAGUCGAUUACGGAGCUUGGCUUCCCGACGGAAGUGAUCGAGGAGCCAGGAACGGGCGAGACGGAGGUAGAGAUCGAGAUCCUGGGCAUGACGUGUGGCUCGUGUGUGGCCAAAAUCGAACAGACGGCCCUGAAGGUGCCGGGUGUUGUACGCGCUUCGGUUGCGCUUACGCUCAAGCGUGGCCGGUUUACCUUCAACAACGAGCGAACUGGGGCACGUACAAUUUGUGAAGCCAUCGAGGGGCUUGGUUUUGAGGCGCGCGUGAUGUCGGGAAAGGACAAGAUGGCACACAGUUACCUCGAGCACAAGGAGGAGAUCCGGAAGUGGCGUAACGCGUUUCUUAUAUCGCUCGCGUUUGGAGGUCCUUGCAUGAUCGCGAUGACGUACUUUAUGGUGUUGAUGCACGACCACAGCCACGAGGAGAUGUGUUGCGUGGUGCCGGGAUUAUCGCUGGAAAACUUGAUAAUGUUCGCCCUUUCGACACCGGUGCAGUUUUUCGGUGGGUGGCAUUUUUACAUCCAAGCGUAUCGAGCGGUACGACAUGGCGCAAGCAACAUGGACGUGCUGAUUACAAUGGCCACGACCGUAAGCUACCUCUACUCGGUGGGUGUGCUGGUGGCGGCGAUGGUGCUGGAGCAGCGUACCUCACCGCUUACGUUCUUCGACACCCCACCGAUGCUGUUUAUCUUCAUUUCACUUGGCCGGUGGAUGGAACACAUCGCGAAGGGGAAAACAUCCGAAGCGCUCUCGAAGCUGCUUUCACUGAAGGCCACCGAAGCGACACUGGUGACACUCGGUCCGGAUUAUACCGUCCUCACCGAGAAGGUCCUUUCGGUCGAUCUGGUGCAGCGUGGGGACGUGCUAAAGGUAGUACCCGGUAGCAAGGUGCCAGUCGACGGGAAGGUCCUGUGUGGUAACUCGACCUGUGACGAAAGCCUCAUCACCGGUGAAUCGAUGCCUGUGAUGAAGCGCAAGGGAGCGGUCGUAAUCGGUGGUUCAAUCAACCAAAACGGAUUGCUGUUGAUGCAGGCGACACACACAGGUGAACACACGACGCUGGCACAGAUCGUGAAGCUGGUCGAGGAGGCACAAACUUCGAAAGCACCGAUACAGCAACUUGCUGACCGGAUUGCUGGAUACUUCGUGCCGUUCGUAGUGGCCGUCUCGUUGGUCACGCUUAUCGGCUGGAUUGUAUCUGGGUACAUCGAUAUCGCUCACAUCCCGGCGAGCGAUCGCGACAAGGAUGGCCUUACGCCGUCUGAGAUCAUCGUAAGCUAUGCGUUCCGUUGUGCGUUAAGUGUCCUUGCGAUCGCUUGUCCGUGUGCGCUCGGACUUGCCACACCUACCGCCGUUAUGGUUUCCACGGGCGUUGGUGCCCUUCAUGGUAUCCUUGUGAAAGGCGCUGGUCCUCUCGAGAACGCACACAAGGUGAAAACGAUCGUGUUCGACAAGACGGGCACAAUCACGCACGGUACGCCGAUGACGUCCCGCAUCUGUAUGCUGGUCCGGCCAGCCGUUUGUUCACUAGCACGUGCCCUCACAAUUGUCGGAUCAGCCGAGACCAAUAGUGAGCAUCCGAUCGCGACCGCGAUCGUAAAAUACGUCCGGGAUACGCUCGAAAUCGAUGGGUUUGGGAAGUGUGGCAAUUUCUCGGCCGUUCCCGGUUGCGGCAUCCGGUGUGUCAUCUCUAACGUAGACGAUAUUGUGCGCCGAGUGGAGCAAUCGGAUCGGAUAAGAAAUUACCAGAACGCGUACCGGAGCGAUCAGCAGCAACCGAUCGUUUUGAACGGUGCCACCGUUGAGGAACUAAUACCACAGUUAAGUGCCUCGCAAAAGAACACGAUCGAACUGCAGCAGUUGCUACACUUGGAACCGAUCGGUGAAGGCCAAGCUGGCGGGGAUAGCAUGGAGGCGUUUGCGGACGUGAAUGAGUACAAUGUGCUGAUCGGUAACCGGGAGUGGAUGGCUCGGAACGCGAUCGUUGUCCCGCCUGAGGUGAACAUACGGAUGUCGGAAGAGGAACAAAUGGGCAACACGGCAAUCUUGUGUGCGCUAAAUGGUCAGCUCGUGUCCAUGCUGUCGGUGUCGGAUAUGGUUAAGCCGGAAGCACACCUGGCCGUUUAUACGCUGCGGAAGAUGGGAAUUGAAGUGAUUUUGCUGACGGGUGACAACAAAAAUACGGCGGCCAGUAUAGCCCGCCAGGUGGGCAUCAAUCGAGUUUUCGCUGAGGUCCUUCCAUCGCACAAGGUCGCUAAGAUUCAGCGGAUACAGGAGACGGGUGUACGGGUCGCGAUGGUCGGGGAUGGUGUGAACGAUAGCCCGGCUUUGGCGCAGGCUGACGUAGGGAUUGCGAUCGCUUCCGGUACAGAUGUCGCGGCCGAGGCAGCAGAUGUCGUGCUUAUGCGGAACGAUUUGUUGGAUGUCGUGGCUUGCUUGGAUCUUUCGCGGAGGACAGUACGCAAAAUUCACUUGAAUUUCCUCUUCGCCAGCAUGUACAAUCUGUUGGGUAUACCUCUUGCGGCAGGCAUCUUCACUCCUUUCGGAUUUACGCUCGAGCCCUGGAUGGCAUCAGCCGCCAUGGCAGCGAGUUCCGUAUCGGUGGUGUGUUCCUCGCUCAUGAUCAAGCUGUACAAAAAGCCAACGCAGGCUUCGCUACAAACCCCGGAGUACCGUGAGCUAAUGGAGGCUGGAGCCUUCCUCGAUCCGGACACGAUUUCUGUGCACCGUGGGCUCGACGAUAUUCCCCGCCCAAAUCUGGCUCGCUCGACCAGCUCUACACUGGCCAAGUUAUUCGGUCGGGGCAAGGAUUCAAAGGAAGACGGACUGUUGGCGACACUCGACGAUGAUGAACUUUCUGUUAGCAUCGUCAAAGCAUCGAGCACAAGCAUUUACAAGGAUGCCACCGAGCUUCAGAAGCUGUAAACAACGAUCGUCUCAGUGCGGCAAGAGGAAGAAAAAGCACAAUGUUCGUUGACUUUUCGACGAUUCUUUGCAACCUUUCAACCAUUUAUGUUGCAAAGUGCAGCCAUACGCCGGGAGUUGGUGACAGUUGUGCGAAAACCCUUCCUCAUGCCUAAAAUUGAAUACCAUUUGCCGAUUUUUUUAAUUACCUUAAAGUCCCAAACGUUUGCUUUUUUGGGGUUUUGAUUUUUUUCUUUCUUUAUUCAGUGAGCAUGUGAUAUUUGCAUUGUUUGUUUAGAAUGGGACGAGCGACCCUCCGUUGCUUCUAGUUUAUUUAAGAGAUUUAUGACCCACGAUACCGCCAGUACUCGUUGUGUACUUAUACCAUCUGCAAACGCCCCCGUACCAGUUUGGCAAAGUGAACAUUUUUUAUACACUAGACGCCUUUUAAGA